AUGGCAAUCUGGUACAAUAUCGCAACUGCGGUCUACAUUGACGCUAUUCUUCAUAGGAAUCUUUCUCUCUCUCUCUCUCUCUCAGAUCUCACCAUUCAAGUACCCUUUUUUCUCUUUGAUUUUUUUGGAGAUUAUAUGCGCAACUAUCGGGAGUACAUUUUGUUUAUAUCGACAUCAACAAUCUUGUGUAUAUAUGUUUUCACAUUUACUUUAGUGAACAUACUUAAGGAACCGGGCAGCAUGUGGGGUAUCUUGUCGAGGGAUAUAAUGUCUGUCGUUCUAUUAGUGUACUGCUUCAUCGCCGUGUGGUUUGUAGGCGGCCUGAGUGUCUUCCAUUUCUAUCUUAUCUGCACCAACCAGACGACAUAUGAAAACUUCCGGUAUCGGUAUGAUAAAAAGGAAAAUCCAUAUAACCUAGGGAUGAUAAAGAACCUCAAGGAAAUAUUUUUCUCUAAGACGGCUCCAUCUCUGGUAAAUUUCCGCAAAUGGGUGAUUGUAGAAGAUGAAUCGAUUAUAGGGUCCACGACUAAAAGAAUUGGAGGGGAUAUUUCGAACUCCAUGGGGAAGAAAGACCUGGAACUUGGUAUUGUUGGCAAGGAUGGUAAGCUGCAUAAUAUGGAUUAUAAUGGCAUUGAGGACAGUUUGAAGAAGGGAAACGGAGAAAAAGUUAUGCUCGACCCUUUCUUCAAUCCGGGUCAAGAAGAAAAAAUUGCUACUGGAGAUGCUACUUCUGACAAUGAAGGGACUGAGGCUAGCUCCCACAGAAAUUCAUCCGCAGUGCUUCAGAGGUAGAAGGU